AAUAAAGGAAUAAAUAAGGAGGGAGGAAGAAGAGUUUUUCUUCAGACCAACAUCCUUUUCUCAAAGCUAGUUGUACCCUCUUUUUAAAAUAUUUUUUAGUUGUUGAUGGACCUUUAUUUUACUCAUUUAUUUAUAGUGCUGAGAAUCGAACCCAGUGCCUCACACAUGUGAGGCAAGUGCUCUACCACUGAGCCACAACCCCAGACCUAGUUGUACCCUCUUAAGACAACAGAAGAAGUUCACAAUCUCUUCCACAAAACAUCCAAUUAAAUAUUGAUAAACCCACUCUGAUUCCCUCUUAAAAUUGGAAGCCAUCUCGCCACAAAGACAUAAAAGCUAAUUUCGGCUUUACUAUAAAUUACUGCAAGUUCUGAACUUGUUUGGAAUGUCUGCUCGUGCCUUGAACUCACCCAUGCCUGGCUUUCCCUGACCAGAUAACAGCCCUCUCUGAAAUUUUAGUGAGGCCUCAUAAAUCUUGGCCUUCCCUGGCCAGAAAAUGACCCUCUCUGAGGCUCUAAUGACCUUCAUAAAUUCUGAUGUUGGGCCAGCAAAAACAUAAACUAGCAUUUAUGUUAUGCUCGUCAGAGUUUUGUUAUCUAUAACCUUCCCCUUUGUGUACCUUUCUAAAAGCUGGGUUCCAAGAAAGCUGCAGGGCUGUCUUAUUCCCAUGUUUUUUUGAGGAGAGGCAGUCCGGCUGGUCGAAAUAAUAAGCUUGCUUUUAAUUUGAUUUUAAUUUAAGUCAGUGGUCUUUUCUUUGCACUCUGGUCUAACAAUAUCUGAGGAAAAUCAAGGAUUUGGAUUUGGGUGGCCAGAAGAUAAUAUUAACCAAGACUAGAGAAAAGUAAGGAAAACCAAUUUGACUGAGUCCCUGGAAUGUAUACCAGGAAGCAAAGGUGCUGGCUUAAGACUUAAGGCACAGGGGAUCAUUCGUUCCCCAUUCCUGCCAGACAAGCCUGGGGCGCCUGAGUCAUUCUUCAUUGCUUGGCACCGGGUGUCUAAAUGCCUUCUUCCUGGUUCAGCCCCUCUCCCUGCAUCAACCUUCACUUGGAAUAUUUCCUAGAAGGGAAGUGCGUAGGGCUAUUGGCAGGAACAGAUGUGGUGAAGUGACCAGGGUUCACAGAGGAGGAAACGGAGUGACAUCACAGGAUUGCCCAAACUCUUGGGGCAAACAGAAUAGAUAAGCCCAUGGGACUGGAAGCCCGAGAGUGCCACCAAAGCCAUUUCCAGAGCCCACUCAGGCCAUAGAGGCUUUCAGGAUUUAAUAACCAUGGAGAGCGUGCGCUGGUUGUUGCUUUUGCUGCUGCCGGUGCUGGAUAUCUCUGCAACCACUCCGGAUCCCUGCGAGUUGGACGAGGACGACAUCCACUGUGCCUGCAACUUUUCGGAACCGCAACCCGACUGGUCCAGCGCCUUUCUGUGUGUAAGUGCGGUUGAUGUGGAGAUCCGUGGCGGCGGCCGCAGCCUGGAACAAUUUCUAGAGCGUGUCGACAUCGACGCAGACCCACGGCAGUACAUGGACGUGGUCAAGGCUCUACGUUUGCGGAGGCUCACGAUUGGAGCUGCACGGGUUCCUGCUCUACUGCUAUUCGGCGCCCUGCGUGUGCUAGGGUAUUCCCGCCUCAAGGAACUAACUCUAGAGGAUCUAGAGGUAACAGGCACCAUGCCGCAGCCUGUAGGAAUCCAAGGGCCAGGGCUUUCCGUCUUGCGCCUUCGCAAUGUGUCCUGGACUACAGGAGGUGCCUGGCUCCCGGAACUGCAGCACUGGCUCAAGCCGGGUCUCAAGGUACUGAAUAUUGCCCAAACACACCCGCUUGAUUUUUCCUGCGACAAAGUCCUCACUUUCUCGGCCCUCACCACCCUAGACCUGUCUGACAAUCCUGGACUGGGAAAACGCGGACUGAUGGCGACCCUCUGUCCCCACAAGUUCCCCGUCCUCCGGGAUCUAGCGCUACGCAACGCUGGAAUACAGACGCCCAAUGAGGUGUGCUCUGCUCUGGCUACAGCUGGUGUGCAGCCCCACCGCCUAGACCUCAGCCACAACUCGAUGCUCGCUACUGCAAAACCUGAGGAUCCUGGGUGUGUCUGGCCUAGUGCAUUAAACUCCCUGGAUCUGUCAUUUGCUGGGUUGGAGCAAGUGCCUAAGGGACUGCCGGCAGAGCUUGAGGUACUCAAUCUCAGCUGCAAUAGGCUAAAUAGGAAGCCACGGUCAGACGAAUUGCCCAAGGUGAGUAACUUAACACUGGACGGAAAUCCCUUCCUGAUUCCGGGAACCUCCAAUCCCAGUAGCAUUGUCCCCUCUGGAGUAGUCCCAGCCUGUGUGCAUUCACCCUUGGCGGUGGGGAUGUCAGGAACGCUGGCUCUGCUCCAAGGGGCCAGGGGCUUUGCCUAAGGCCCAGAGGAAAAGAAUCCAUAGACUUAGAUCGCCCUGGCUUGGAGGAGCACCAUCCCGUCAAUCAGCACUUCUGCCUCAGAACCAACCCUCUGCCUCACCUUUAUUAAAUCUUAAAGGAUGGACCGAUGUAAUUCAA